UGGAAACACUAUGGGGCAGUUCUACUCUGUCCUGUAGGGUUGCUAUGAGUCGGAAUCGACCCUACUGCCAUGGUUUAGUCCUUGUUGUGUUACUGCCAGUUUCUUCCCCUUUUCUUUCUUAUACUGCAUCUUUACUGUUAUGCCAGAGGGUAACCCCCUCCGCCUUUGCUUUUGUUCCCAUCUACCACAUUCUGAUCUUUUCCUCUUUCCAUCAAGUAUCCUCUCAUUUUCAGUUUAUCACUCCCCAGUGGCUUAUUUCUCUAAAUUUGUAAUCAUGCUCCUGUCCCUUCCAUCCUGAAUAUUCCUUCUCUUGUUCCUUUCCCAAUCUUAUGUCUUAUCUUUCAUCUUCUCUCCUGCAAAUGUCUCAAGGGGAUAACAUGUUCUCAGCUGUUUCCAUUUCUUUAUCUUCUGUUAACUCCUCACUCAACUGUAUGCAGUCUGUCUUCUAAUUUCCCUAUUUAUCCUUUUUCCAGAGGGCCACAAGGUUAGUAUAAAAAACUUGAGUGCAUGGAGGAAAAUAUUAUAAACCUAUUAUGUGAAGAUUAAAUAUAAUAAAUGUUUAUAUCUAAGUAAGUUUUAGAUUUAAUGCAUUCCCAGUCAAAAUUUCAAGUUUUUGAAAAAGAAUUAGCAAUUUUAGCAUUAAGAAAAUGAAAGGGCAAAAAGAGCAGAAAAUGUUUUAGAAAAGAGUGAGUAGGUACUAGGCCUUCCAGAUACUAGAACAUAUCCUAGAGCAACAAUAACAGUCAUAUAGUACUAGUACAAAACAGAAAUAUAAGUAAAACAUAUGUAUAUAAGGAAUAGGCCUGAUUAUAGAAUAAUUUACUAUCUAAUAAUCACAAAACAACAUCAAAAGUUAAGUGGUCUUGAUUAUUGGUAAUAUGUCAUGAUAUAUACCACAAACCAAAACAAUACAAUGAGAGGUUACCUAUUAAAAGAAAGAAAUCUUAGACUAAGAAAAUAGACAUUCAUAAGAACUUUAAUGGGAAAAUGAGAAUUUAAUUUAAAAAAUAGGGCUUAUAGUAUUAAACUAUGUGAAAAUCCAGUGUUAUCAAUGCCCUUUAUAUUAUUUAGUCCAGUUACGAUUAAAACUCUCUCCUCUCCAGGCUUGAUACAACCUCCUCCUUUUUCACUACUUCCAUUUUGAAUGCUUUUUCUUAGUACACCCUGAAAUUGAGUGGAAAAUCAUACAUGCAAACGUGCAGGGAAGUAAAUUAAGAACAUUCCUGAGGUGCAGGAAUAAAGCCAGUGAGUGGCUGGACUUGAAGGAUAGCAAUGGAAAGGAACAGACUAUUCUUGAGAUUUUGAAUAGAGCUAACACCCAGUAGGGUAUAUUUCCUUUUUUUCGACGCUGCAACAGCCUCUUUAAACUGUUUAAAUGAGAAUGUCCUUGGCCCAGAGAGUACUACUCACCUGGCUUUUCACAUUACUCUUCUUGAUCAUGUUGGUGUUGAAACUGGAUGAGAAGGCACCUUGGAACUGGUUCCUCAUAUUUAUUCCAGUCUGGAUAUUUGAUACUAUCCUUCUUGUUAUGCUGAUUGUGAAAAUGGCUGGGCGGUGUAAGUCUGGCUUUGACCCUCGACAUGGAUCACACAAUAUUAAAAAAAAAGCCUGGUACCUCAUUGCAAUGUUACUUAAAUUAGCCUUCUGCCUUGCACUCUGUGCUAAACUGGAACAGUUUACUACCAUGAAUCUGUCCUAUGUCUUCAUUCCUUUAUGGGCCUUACUGGCUGGGGCUUUGACAGAACUUGGAUAUAACGUCUUUUUUGUGAGAGACUGAAUUCUAAAUACCAUCAUCUCAUUUUUAUUGCCAUUCAACAAGCUAUCAUUAAAGUGUUCUGAAUCUUUGCAAGCUUCAAGAAUACCAGAGAACUGAGAAAAAAUACCAAAUGUAAUUUUAUACUGCUUCCAUAAAAUAGGCUUGGUGAUUGAAUCAUGGACUUCUAAUUAAUCCAAAACUUACUCAGUAUUCGAGUUACUAAUGUUCUUAUUAUCCAUAUGUAAAUAAAGUUUGUUUUGGAUGUCAUCUUUCUACCUAACUCUUGAAUAAUCUGUUGUAGGUGAUCAGUAUUUAAAGUAAGUAAAUAAACAAAGCCUUUAAUCUACAAAUUUGAGUAGUUUAAUGUAUCAUGGUCCCAUUAUGACCGAAGUAAAUGGCCAUUUGUGCUUCUAAUUUAUGAAAAGAAAAAACACUCCUGGUAGUUACUGAAAUAGUUAUGGAUGUCACAUCAUGUUUACAUUCAGAAAGAACCAGAGAGGUUGACAGCUUUUUAUCUAGCCUAAGUUCAUUGUUACCUCUGCCUUUUGUUUGGGACAGAUGAGUUAGA